UUAUAACCAAUCAGCCACAGGCUAAUUUAGAGGCAAUAGCGAGCCUAAGCCUAACCAGCGCUGUUCAUCAGCUCAUCAUAUUAUUCAAUGGCCUUUCAAAGAAGUGGUAGCUUGUUAGCCCUAGCCUUCGCCAUUUGCAUACUGAUACCGUGCUGCUCCUCCAGCAAAGAAGCCAUGGAAUUGUUCGAGAGAGCGUGCCAUUGCUUCGAUGACCCCAAUAUCUACAGCCAGUGCGCGGCGGAGUUGAGGCUGAACGUGGAGGGCGCGUUCCACGUGCAGCGGAACGAGGUGGACCAGUACUGCGGCGGGCCGUGCCUGGAGGAGACGCAGCUGGCGCUGCAGUGCGUGGAGGAGGUGGCCACCCAGAGCUUCAAGUUCUCCAAUGGCGCGUCGGUGCUGGCGGUGAAGCAGGCGCUCGGCACGGGAUGCAGCUACGGCCCCGACAGAGGAACCUUUGAGAUCAGGGAGCGCAGAGACUGUGUCGGCGGCGCCGACGAGUCCUACUACCACAAGUCUCGGGACCACGAGCAGGAGAAGCCAGUGGGCGGCCGGUACUACUACGGCGAGGGCAGCCAGCAGCCGUAUGAGCAGGGCGCCGGGUAUGGCGAGGGCGAGGAGUACUGCUACGGCUACGGGGCCGCUGGAAGGCUAGGAGAGCGCCGCGGCUACCUGCAAAUGAUGGUGAUCCUGGUGCUCGUUGCCUCUGCACCACUGAUGCUCACGCUCUAAAAUUCAGUUUGUGGCUGUGCUACCAGGAUGUUAUAGACCCUUGUUUUAUGAUCUAUUCCUUCGUUUUUUUCUUCCCCUUCAGGCCUUCACUUGUCAGUUGUCAGUCAUUUUGCACGCAAUGCCUACGUUCUAUAGCACAAACACCUCUUCUACAAAUAUGUUUCUAGUAUAUACUACCUAUACUAAAGCAUUGUAAUUUCUUUAGUCCGCAACUGAUCAUCCCUCACUCUCA